ACCAAAAAAAAAAACAUUCACCCGAGUAUAUCCAUAAAACCGAAAAAAAAAACAUUUUUCCUUGAAAAAAGGAAAGAUUUUACGAAAAAAUAACAGAAGAAACUGAAACAAUUCGAUAAGAGAGGAGAAUUGCAACAUAAAAUACUUUCAAUUAUCGCAAUAAACAGCAGCGGCAGGCAGGCGGCAGCAGCAGCAACAAAAACAACAAUAAACUUUUUGUUGCAAUUCAUUUUGGAAUUCCUGUUUUUUCCUCUGCUUGUCAUUUGGCGUCGAGCAGCAGCAACCCAUCCAUCCUCUAUUAAGCGGCCAUAAACUUAUACUUAUUGCUGUUUAAAUAAAUUUUCUGUUGCUCUCUGUUGCCCAUUAUGGCGGAAGAAGAGAAAAAGAAGGAAAAGGUAGACGAAAGACCUGAAUUCUUUUGGAAUUACAUAAUGAAGACCAUGAGACUGAAACAGGAGAAAUGGAAUAAAAUCAUAAGCACCAAUGAGUACAAGGAAAUAAUCAAUGGCUUUCUCAAUGAACCACACCAGGAACGUAUCAUAUUUACACUGAAUGCUGCCUCGCUACUUGUACCCUCAUACAAUUUUCCCGAAAAGCCAUUAAGUAAAAUGGUAUAUUUUGUGCGUAAUGAAAUUCCCAGUACCCUGACCAUCAACAAUAUGCACGAGUCUCUAAUGAUUGGUGAUUUAUUGCCAAAUGUUUUGGAAAAUCUUUCGGUGAUUUGUGAUGAUGUUAUCUUUCCGCUGCUCAAUAAUCCGGUUAAUCAAAAUGGCUGGACUUCGGUGAUUGUAAAUGAUAUGAAAACAGAAUCGCAAAAUCUACGCAAUGGCAUUGCCCAGAUGAAAGGUUUAGUUAUAAAUCGUACCAUUCUACCGUUGCCGAUAUGCAUCGAUGAGGUGAUGGCCAAUGCCCCGGCCAUUGCAAGAGGCGAUCUCAGCAAAGUAAAUCAUUUGAUGAAAAAUUCUCUGGAAUUUAUGGUGGCCAAAUGGUUGGACUCGGUUGAAGAAUUGGUUCAUGUCAAGUCCAGAGAUAAGAUAUUCUCCAAAGAAGCCUUUCCACGUCCCGAACAUUUGGUGAAUUUCUGGGAUUCAAGAUUGGAGAAUUUGGAAAAUUUAGCCGAUCAGCUGGGAGAUAAACGUAUUAAGACCAUUGGUUUUGUAUUGGAAAAAAUACGUUCGGUAUUCGAGAGUAGUUAUCGGCGAAUUGUGGAACUGGUAAUGGAGGCAUUGAUUGAGGCCAGGGAUAUUACCAAAUAUUUAGGACCGUUGCGCAAAAUUGUUGAAAAAUUUGAAACUGCCGAUUUGGAUGAAAAUCGUAGCAGCAUACGUCCCUUACUGUUGACUGUGGGCCUAGUUUGGGGCCACUCAAAAUAUUUCCACACCCUAGACAAUAUGGUGUUGCUCUUUCAAUUGUUACACAACACAUUAAUUGAUUGUGCCAUGCGCACCAUAGAAGCCGAUUCCAUAUUCCAAGGUGAUGUUGAUGAGGCAUUCAAAAGAGUUCAAAAUAAUAUUGGUCAUUUGGAGUAUUAUCGUACGACAUAUCAUGAGACACGCGGCUCACUAAAGAAAUUCAAAGUUGGCACCGAAUUUAAUUCGCAAGACUGGACAUGGCAUCCAGAGGAGAUAUUCCAACGAUUUGAUAAAUUCAUUGCGCGUCUACAGGUUUUGCAAGAGUUAUUUGAGACUGGUCGAGAUUUUGUGAAAUUGGAGAAAGUUGUUGUGGGCGGUUUGAGGGGCGGUCAAAUCACCCAUGAUUUGGAGAAAAUUCUCGAAGAAUACAAUGGUUACUAUCGUGAAUGGUCGAAUAUACAAUACAACCCCCUGGACCCAGAUGCCACAAAUUCCACAUUUGAAGAAGACCGAACGGCAUUUAAAGAGAAAACCGACACAUUGGAACGUAAAUUGGCAUUUCAGUUUCAAAAAGCUCUGGAAGAUUCCCACGAUCUGAUGUUGUGUGGCUCUCUGUUGUUGCGACCGAUUAUCAAGGCUCAUUUGGAUCCAUUUAUGCAUAUUUUGGUGGAUGAUUUCCUGGAAGAAAUCGAAGCCGUUAAGGUAGACUUUAAUGCGUUCGAGAAAACGUACAAGGAGAGGGGUGUUUAUGCCCUUCCUACGGAUCAUUGUUUUCCACCCAUAUCCGGUGCUGUUUCAUAUUUGAAUAAAUUGGAACAUCGUAUUGUAUGGAUGCGCACAGAUUAUGAACUCUAUGAAUAUCCCUUAUGGGAAGAUGAACAUGGUCAACAUACAAUGGCCUUGUACGAGCAAAUGAUUGGUGAAAUGGGUCAAUUGAGACAAACCAUUCUCGAGUAUUGGACAGUGGAGGCAAAGAAACACAUAAAAGAAGGCAUGGAAUUGCCAUUAUUGACCAAAGAUGAAGAUGGUAUUUUAACGGUAAAUUUCAAUACGAAUUUAAAAAAUGCCCUUAAGGAUACCAAAUAUAUGCUGCUCAUGAACUGUGAGGUACAUGAAGAAAUAAGAGAAUACUUUGACAAGGAGGAGCAAUUUUGGGAUGCUCGCAUCAAACUACAACGUAUUGCCGAAUGGUAUAACGACAUUAAUGUACGGGCCAAGUCCAGUGAAAAGGCUCUAAUACAGGCUGAAUUGAUGUUGUAUGAGCUAUUUAUGCAACCGCUCAUUGAUAGGGUUACCUGGAACAAUUUUGAUCAAAAUUUCAUUGUUGAGGUAUUUACGAAAAUUGAAUAUCUACACAAACGUUUGGUGCAGUGUCAAGCGAAUUUGAACACCAUCAAGCUAAGUAUUAAUUCCUGGGGCAAGAAACCCCUGUACAUACGUAAAAACAACAAUCCCAAGGCCCUGUUGGAAACGGAACCACGCAUGGAAAUCUUGGCUUUAAGGGUUGCUCAGGCCAAUGACACAGCCGCACUCAUUGAUCGUUUAAUGUAUGAAAAUGCCAAAUUAUUCUUUGACAUACCACGGCGUUUUGAAAUUGCCGAUGAUGAGGAGGGAGAAGAAGAAGGCGAGGGUGAGAACGAAGCAAUGGCAGCUCAAGAAAAGCCCUCAAAGAAGGAGAUAAACCAGAAUGCAAAACAAGCCAAGAAACCCGAAAAACGUCCAACUCAGCGUUUGACCGAAUUCGCCGGAAUCGAGGAGGCGGAGGAGGAAGAAGGUGAAGACAUCAUUACCGCCUACCAUCGUUUUGAGCUGCUCCAGUCGGUGAAUGAAGACGAGCGAGAACUCUUUCGUGAAUAUGAAAAGUAUGUCGAUGGAGAAAUCGCCAAAGAGCUGUUGGAUGCUGUUAUAACCAGCAUCACUUAUUUGCGCAUGGAAAUUGAAAAUCGCUAUGAACAUGAUGCGCCGGUCUUUGAAAUUCUAAUGGAGUUGCAGGAGCCCCAUGUUUGUUAUUUUCCAGAUUUACAUCCCGGCCACAAGUUGGGAUUCACAUUUCACAUGGAAACCCUAUUGGAGGAUAUGUAUCACAUGAUGGAAAUUUUACCCAGAUGUGCUCAAGAUCCACCGGAAUUCGGAGCGGAACCGAAAGAUUUUGGAGAUGAAAUCGCCGAUAAAACAGAUAUCCACAAACAUCGCACGGAUAUUUUAACAAAAGUCAAAUUUGGCUUGCAAUCAAUACGGCAACACUGUAAAACAUUUAUGGAAUUUUCCUAUCUCUGGCUGUGGGAUAAACAACAAUAUUUGGCUGAAGUGAAAAAAUACGGAAGACCCUUAACACCCAGUGAGAGGGAUGAUGAACUGGAAGGAGUGGGAGAAGUCAAACCCUUAAAAGAUGAAAAUAAUCCGCCCCUAAGUGUAUACAAAGAACAGCUGGAUAAAUUCAUUGCCUUGGAGGGCCAAAUUCAAAAAUGGGAUACCUUUCAAGAUUUCAAUAUCUGGCUACGUCUCAAUAAGAAAGGUUUCCGGGCUGGCGUUCUCAAUCAGGUUGGCAAAUGGAUAAGUCUAUUUAAAAUGGAUCUCAUAAAUCGUGUGAGGAAUUCGCUAAUGGAACUGGCAAAUUUCGUUGAUGAUGCCAAUGUGGCCCUCAAAAUGGAGCUGAAUAAAGAUGACUUCGAUGGUCUAAUACAAAUCAUGUCCGUCCUGAAUACCAUCAAUGAGAAACAGUUUAUCUAUGACAAUAUGUUUGAGUCUCUCAAGGAAAUUGUCGAUUUGCUAAAGACAUAUAAUUAUGAGUUUAAAGAUUCGGAGCUUUUGAUGAUGAGUGAACUUCCCGAAAAAUGGCUGAAAGUCAAGAAACUCGCAGUAACAGUGAAGCAAACAAUUGCCCCCAUACAAUCGUAUCAAGUUGAUUUGAUUGAGAAACGAAUUUUGCUCUGCAACAAUUUGUCGAAUAAUUAUCGCAAGAAAUUCCUUAAAAAGAAGUUCUUCCAUGUGCCCUGUCGCAACGUUUAUGAGCUGAUUGAUGAAGCCGAUGUGGAAAUUACCGAAUUGGAGGAACGCCAGCAAAGUCUUAAUGGAUCUGCUCUACUGUUUGAAUUGCAAGGCCCCGAGUCGAGCAAAAUUGAAAGAUGCCGCCGCGAUUUGCAACUUAUGAAAAUUAUGUGGGAUUUCAAUAUCACCAUUGCCUCCACCAUAGAAGAUUGGAAGAAAACCCCGUGGAAGAAAAUCGACAUUGAGAUAAUGGAUCAAGAGUGUAAGAAAUUUGGUCGAGAACUGCGAUCAUUAGACAAGGAUAUGCGUAGCUGGGAACCCUAUUUGUAUACGGAAAAUUCCCUCAAAAAUCUCAUGACUUCGCUGCGCGCUGUGACAGAGUUACAAAAUCCCGCAAUUCGAGAUCGUCAUUGGAUACAACUGAUGCAGACGACAGGAGUGAAGUUUCGUAUGGAUGAUUCGACAACGCUUAAGGAUCUGAUCGAUCUCAAUCUACAUGAAUAUGAGGAAGAGGUCAAGAACAUUGUCGACAAGUCGGUGAAGGAAAUGGCCAUGGAAAAGGUGUUGCGUGAUAUUCACAACACAUGGGCCACCAUGGAGUUUCAAAAUGAGCCGCAUGAUCGCACGGCAAUUAAGCUGCUAAAGGCCAGUGAGGAAAUGAUCGAGACACUGGAAGAGAAUCAGGUGCAAUUACAAAAUAUGGCCUCUUCGAAAUUUGUUGGCCACUUUCAAGCGGAGGUCAGCAAUUGGCAGCAUAAACUUUCAAAUGCUGAUCAAAUUAUCGGUUCAUGGUUUGAGGUGCAGCGCAAGUGGGUGUAUUUGGAGAGUAUUUUCAUUGGAUCAGAGGAUAUACGUUCCCAGUUGCCGGAGGACUCAAAGCGUUUCGAUUUUAUUGAUCGUGAAUUUAAGGCACUGUUGGCACAAAUGAAUACCGAUCGAAAUGUGGUUCGUUCAACAAAUCGGGCGGGUAGCAAGCUGUAUGAUAACCUGGAACAGUUACUGAAACUCCUGCUGCUCUGCGAAAAGGCAUUGAAUGAUUAUUUGGAGACGAAGCGGUUGGCGUAUCCCCGAUUCUAUUUUGUGUCCUCGGCAGAUCUUUUGGACAUUUUAUCGAAUGGCAACAAUCCCAAAAUGGUUUGUAAACAUUUGACUAAACUUUAUGACUCUAUGGGUUCUCUGACCCUGAUACCGAAUACAAAACUGGCUCGUGGCAUGGUGGCCAAGGAACACGAGGAGUAUGUACCAUUUUUGGAGAACUGUGAUUGUAGUGGUAAGGUUGAGGUAUGGCUAAAUCGUGUCACGGACAAAAUGCGUGAUACCUUGCGUGAUCAGUUUCGGCGGGCCGUCAUUUCGUAUGAAGAGAAACCCAGACACCAAUGGAUUUUCGAUUGGCCAGCCCAGCCGGCUUUGGUGACCACACAAAUCUGGUGGACCACCGAGACAAAUGAUGCCUUUGCCAAGGUCCAGCAGCGUUAUGAAAAUGCCCUCAAGGACUACAACAAGAAACAAGUUAUGCAGCUAAAUCAUCUCAUCAAUCUGCUGCUGGGAGAUCUCACUGCUGCUGAUCGCCAGAAAAUCUGUACCAUCUGUACCAUAGAUGUCCACAGUCGAGAUGUGGUGGCCAAAAUCAUUGCAGCCAAAGUGGAGGUGGUAACCGCCUUUCAAUGGCAAUCCCAGCUACGUCAUCGUUGGGAUACCAAAUUCGAUGAUUGUUUUGCCAACAUUUGCGAUGCUCAAUUCCAAUAUGACUAUGAAUAUUUGGGCAACACCCCGCGUUUGGUGAUAACACCUCUCACCGAUCGUUGCUACAUCACCCUGACGCAGUCACUACAUCUCAUAAUGGGUGGUGCUCCCGCCGGUCCGGCAGGCACAGGAAAAACAGAAACUACCAAGGAUUUGGGUCGCGCUCUCGGCAUGAUGGUCUAUGUCUUCAAUUGCUCCGAACAAAUGGACUACAAGUCCAUUGGUGAUAUACACAAAGGUCUGGCCCAAACCGGAGCCUGGGGCUGUUUCGAUGAAUUCAAUCGCAUCUCCGUCGAAGUCCUGUCCGUCGUGGCAGUCCAAGUGAAAUGCAUUCAGGACGCCAUUAAAGCCAAAAAGUUAAUGUUCAACUUCUUGGGUGAAAUUAUCGUGCUACGUGCCACUGUGGGCAUGUUCAUCACCAUGAAUCCUGGCUAUGCUGGACGUGCUGAACUGCCCGAAAACUUAAAAGCUUUAUAUCGACCUUGUGCCAUGGUUGUGCCUGACUUUGCCCUAAUCAGUGAAAUUAUGUUGGUUGCCGAAGGUUUCCAGGAGGCACGUUUGCUAGCUCGCAAAUUCAUUGCCCUCUACGAGCUGUGCCGAGAACUCUUAUCCAAACAGGACCAUUACGAUUGGGGUUUGCGUGCCAUCAAAUCUGUCUUGGUUGUUGCCGGCGCCCUGAGGCGUGAUGAUCGCCAUCGUCCCGAAGAUCAGGUGCUGAUGAGAGCAUUGCGUGAUUUUAAUAUACCCAAAAUUGUCACUGAUGAUUUACCGGUAUUUAUGGGUUUAAUUGGUGAUCUUUUCCCGGCGCUGGAUGUGCCGCGAAAACGUAACUUGGAAUUUGAGGCUGUUAUCAAAAGAUCUGCCAUUGAUUUGAAGCUGCAACCCGACGACGGAUUUGUUUUGAAAAUCGUGCAACUGGAAGAAUUAUUUGCCGUCCGACACUCGGUGUUUGUUAUAGGCUUUGCUGGCACGGGUAAAUCGGAAGUGUGGAAGACAUUGAAUAAAACCUAUGCCAAUCAGAAACGAAAACCGCACUACAACGAUAUAAAUCCCAAGGCGGUGACAAAUGAUGAACUGUUCGGUGUGGUUAAUCAGGCGACACGUGAAUGGAAAGAUGGUCUCUUCUCCAUUACCAUGCGUGAUCAGGCCAAUUUGGGUGGCAGUGGUCCCAAAUGGAUUGUACUGGAUGGAGAUAUUGAUCCCAUGUGGAUUGAAAGUUUGAAUACCGUAAUGGAUGACAAUAAGGUGUUGACAUUGGCUAGCAAUGAACGCAUUGCGUUGACCAAGGAAAUGCGCUUGCUUUUCGAAAUUGCCAAUUUGAAAUCGGCCACCCCGGCCACGGUGUCGCGGGCAGGAAUUUUGUACAUAAAUCCCCAAGAUUUAGGAUGGACACCAUUUAUAUUGUCAUGGUUAAAUACCCGCAGCAAUCCCUCCGAAGUGGCCACCCUAAAUGUUCUUUUCGACAAAUACAUACCACCCAUGUUGGACGCCUUUCGGGUGCGCUUUAAGAAAAUCACGCCGAUUUCUGAUAUUGCCAUGCUGCAGAUGACCUGCUUCCUGCUGCAAAGUAUGCUAACACAACAAAAUGUCCCCGCCGAUUGUCCCAAGGAUUGGUAUGAAAUCUAUUUUGUGUUCUGUGUUAUAUGGGGUUUCGGUUCGACCCUGUUUCAAGAUCAAAUAAUCGAUUGGCGUAAUGAGUUCAGCAAAUGGUUUACCAAUGAAUUCAAAACGGUUAAAUUUCCCGAAGCUGGCACCAUCUUUUCCUAUUAUGUGGAUCACAAUACAAAAAAAUUCCGACCCUGGACCGAUUUAGUGCCCAGCUUUGAAUUAGAUCCCGACAUACCGUUGCAAGCGAAUUUGGUUCAUACCUCGGAGACAACACGUUUGCGUUAUUUUAUGGAUGUUCUGAUCGAAGAUAACUAUCCAAUUAUGUUAAUUGGUGCUCCGGGUUCGGGAAAAACCAUAAUUAUGAACUCGAAAUUGAAUUCAUUGCCCACCGAGAAAUAUGCUGUGACAAAUGUACCCUUUAAUUUUUAUACCACCUCCGAGAUGUUACAGAGAAUCUUGGAGAAACCUCUGGAGAAGAAGGCAGGACGAAAUUAUGGUCCCCAGGGUAAUAAACGUAUGUUGUACUUUGUCGAUGACAUGAAUAUGCCAGAGGUGGAUAAAUAUGGUACGGUGCAACCGCACACCUUGAUUCGACAAUUUAUGGACUACCGCCAUUGGUAUGACCGGGUCAAAAUGACUCUGCGUGACAUACAUAAUUGCCAAUUUGUAUCCUGUAUGAAUCCCUCGGCUGGCUCGUUUACCAUAAAUCCACGUCUACAGAGGCAUUUCUGUUCCUUUGCUGUGAAUCAACCUAGCUCGGAUGCCCUGUUUCAUAUACUCAAUUCAAUUCUGUCACAACAUUUGGCCAAUCCCAUACACAAAUUUGACAAAUCCGUAAUCAAUUUAUGUGAACCCUUGGUCCAGACAGCCAUUAAUCUGCAUCAAAAAGUGGCGGCAACAUUUUUACCAACAGCUGUGAAAUUUCAUUACAAUUUUAACUUAAGAGAUAUUUCCAAUAUUUUUACGGGUAUGUUGUAUGCCAAUUUCGAAACAUGUCCAAAUCCCAAUAUGCUGCUUCGCCUGUGGACUCAUGAAUGCAAUCGAGUGUAUGGCGAUAAGUUGGUCGAUAAAAGCGAUAUCAAUACCUUCAACAAAUUGAUGCUCGAAAUGGUACGCAAGGGCAUUGAGAGUUACAACGAGGACCUUGUUUUUGCCAAACCCCAUAUAUAUUGUCAUUUUGCGAAAGGGCUAGCCGACAGCAAAUAUAUGCCCGUCCCCGAUUGGGAGAGGCUCCACAAGCUAUUGGAAGAGGCCCAGGAUCGCUAUAAUGAUUUUGUGGGUGCCAUGAAUUUGGUACUCUUCGAGGAUGCUAUGGCCCAUAUAUGUCGCAUUUCUCGUAUCAUGGAGUCGUCUCGAGGUUAUGCCCUCUUAAUUGGUGUGGGAGGUUCAGGCAAACAGUCACUGACCCGAUUGGCAGCAUCAAUAUCCUCGCUUGAUGUCUUUCAAAUUCAGCUGACCAAGGAUUAUGGCAUCAAUGAUUUGAAAGCCAAUAUUGCAACGCUUUAUAUGAAAUGUGGUGUCAAGAAUUCAGCCUCCUGUUUCCUGAUGACAGAUGCCGAGGUGGCCAGGGAACAAUUUUUGGUGUUGAUCAAUGAUCUUCUGGCCUCGGGUGAUAUUCACGAACUUUUCCCCGAUGAUGAGGUGGAGAACAUAAUCAAUGCUGUACGCAAUGAGGUCAAGCAAUUGGGUAUUAUGGAUAACAGGGAAAAUUGUUGGAAGCAUUUCAUCGAGAAGGUUCGCAGUUCCCUGAAAGUGGUUUUGUGUUUCUCCCCCGUGGGUACAACCCUCAGGGUACGCGCCCGCAAUUUCCCCUCCUUGGUGAAUUGUACCACCAUAGAUUGGUUCCAUGAAUGGCCCCAGGAAGCUCUUGAAUCGGUAUCGUAUCGUUUUCUCCAAGAAAUUGAAGUCCUACCCAAAGAGCUAGCGCCGCCCGUCUCACGUUUCAUGGCCUAUGUCCAUAAGACGGUAAAUGAUAUAUCCAAAGUCUAUUUGCUUAAUGAUAAGCGUUACAACUACACUACACCCAAAAGCUUUUUGGAACUUAUUAGUUUGUAUACCAAACUUUUGAGGGAAAAAGUCAAAGCCAAUCAAGAUCGCAGAAUACGUUUGCAAAAUGGUCUCAUCAAACUGGCCAGUUGUUCGAAGGAGGUUGACGCCCUACAAGAGGUCUUAAAAGUUCAAGAAGUUGAGCUUAAAAUCAAAAACGAAGAAGCCGAUAAUCUCAUUGUCGUUGUAAGUACAGAAAAUGAAAAAGUUUCCAAAGAGAGAGCUUUCGCUUCAAAGGAAGAGAAAAAUGUGCGACAAAUUGAAGAAGAUGUCACAGCCAAGGCAAAGCUGUGUGAAGAAGAUUUCCGCAAGGCCCAACCGGCUUUAAUUGCCGCUCAGGAAGCUUUAAAUACCUUAAACAAAAACAAUCUCACCGAAUUGAAGUCCUUUGGUUCCCCACCUGAAGCUGUGGUAAAUGUUUGCUCUGCUGUUCUGGUGUUAUUUGCCCAAAAAGGCAAAAUCCCCAAAGAUCGCAGCUGGAAGGCCUGUCGCCAAAUUAUGGGCAAUGUUGAUAAAUUUCUUGAUAAUCUCGUUAAUUAUGACAAGAAACAUAUUCAUCCGGAUAUCAUUAAGGCUUUGCAGCCGUAUCUAGCUGAUCCUGAAUUUGAUCCCGAGAAAAUUUUAGCCAAGUCAAGUGCAGCAGCUGGACUUUGCUCAUGGGUUAUUAACAUAAAUCGUUUCUAUGAUGUCUACUUGGUGGUUGAGCCCAAAGAGAGAGCCUUAAUGGAGGCAGAACAGGAAUUGACUGAUGCUCGAGAUAAAUUAACAGCCUUGAAUAAUCGUUUGAAUGAAUUGGAGGAGGAAUUAAAUGUUCUUCAAAUGAAAUACGAUGAUGCCUUGGCUAAGAAGCAGAAAUGUCAAGAUGAGGCCGAUAAAACGGCAUUUACUAUCGAUUUGGCCAAUCGUUUAAUUGGUGGCCUGGCUUCGGAGAAAGUGAGAUGGGCGGAAUCGGUUAAAAACCUCAAAAGCAGCCAUGAAACAUUGCCAGGAGAUAUCCUUCUAAUAGCCUGUUUCAUUUCAUAUGUUGGCUGUUUCACACGAGCCUAUCGCAUAGAACUGCAAACCAAAAUGUGGCAACCAGCCUUCAAGGCCAGUGAGCCACGCAUACCAUCCAGCGAAGAUUCCGAUCCCUUUGAAAUGAUUUGUGAUGAUGCCCAAAUUGCCGAAUGGAAUAAUCAGGGGCUACCCAGUGAUCGUAUGUCGGCGGAAAAUGCGGCUAUUUUGGUGCAUUCGGAACGUUAUCCCCUGAUGAUUGAUCCGCAAUUGCAAGGCAUAAAAUGGGUGAAAAAUAAAUAUGCCAACACGAUUGUGGUCCUGCGCCUAACCCAAAAAGGUUAUUUGGAUAAAAUUGAACAGGCCGUCAGCAAUGGCAAUGUACUGCUUCUGGAAAAUAUUGGUGAAAAUAUAGAUGCCGUACUGAAUCCCUUGCUGGGCAGAAUGCUCAUCAAGAAGGGUACCUGUCUGAAGAUGGGUGAUCGGGAGAUUGAUUAUAAUCCCAAGUUCCGUUUAAUUUUGCACACCAAAUUGGCCAAUCCUCAUUAUAAGCCGGAAAUGCAGGCCCAAACGACGUUGAUAAAUUUCACCGUAACCCGAGAUGGCCUUGAAGAUCAGCUCUUGGCCGAGGUGGUAAAAGCCGAAAGACCAGAUUUGGAGGUUUUGCGUUCACGUCUGACGCAGCAGCAAAAUCACUUUAAAAUAACUUUGAAAUUCCUUGAAGAUGAUUUGCUGCAACGUCUCUCCUCGGCCGGAGAGAAUGUCCUGGAAGAUGUUUCGUUGGUAAUGAAUUUGGAAAAGACCAAAAAGACGGCCGAUGAAAUUGAGGUGAAAGUGGCAGAGGCCAAAAUAACGGCCGUGCAAAUUGAUACCGCCCGCGAGGCUUACCGUCCCGCAUCGGAACGAGCCUCAAUAAUUUAUUUUAUACUCAAUGAUUUGUUUAAAAUCAAUCCAAUUUAUCAGUUCUCCCUGAAGGCUUUCACCGUGGUCUUCUCUAAUGCCAUUGUAAAGGCCCAGGUUUCGGAGAAGCUAAAGGAGCGGGUGGAAAACCUGAUUGAUUCCAUAACCUAUUGUGCUUUUAUGUACACCUCCAGGGGUCUCUUUGAAGCCGACAAGCUUAUCUUCCUUACCCAGUUGUGUAUCCAGAUCCUCAUCAAUGCCGGUGAGGUUGAGCCUGCAGAAUUGGAUUUCCUUUUGAGGUUCCCAUAUAUGGUCAAUGUCACAUCCAACUUACCGUUCCUUACCAACAUUGGCUGGGGUGGCAUUAAGGCUUUGAGUAAUUUGCCUGCCUUCAAGGGUUUAGAAAAGGACAUGGAAGGUUCCCAGAAACGUUGGAAAACAUUUAUUGAUUCCGAAUGUCCUGAACGGGAAAAAUUCCCCGGCGAAUGGAAAAGUAAAUCGGCCAUUCAAAGGCUGUGCAUUAUGCGUUGCAUUCGCCCCGAUCGCAUGUCGUAUUCGAUGAAAGUUUUCAUUGAAGAAAAACUGGGAGGAAAAUACAUCGAUGCCCGCUCCAUGGAAUUUUCCAGGACUUUCGAGGAAAGCAGCCCGGAGACUCACAUUUUCUUUGUACUCUCACCAGGUGUAGAUCCCCUUAAGGAUGUUGAGAAAUUGGGCAAACUUUUGGGUUUCCAUUCGGAUAAUGAAAAUUUCCACAGUGUUUCGCUGGGUCAGGGUCAAGAAAUUGUGGCAGAAAAUGCCAUUGACACUGCCUCGCGCAAGGGUCACUGGGUGGUGUUGCAAAAUAUCCAUCUGGUGGCUCGUUGGCUGCCAUCGCUGGAAAAGAAAAUGGAAGCCUCCCUAAUGGAUGUCCAUCCCGAUUAUCGUUUAUUUUUAAGUGCUGAGCCCUCUCCCGAUCCAGCCUAUCAUAUUUUGCCUCAAGGUAUUCUAGAGUCGGCCAUUAAAAUUACCAAUGAACCACCCACUGGAAUGCAGGCAAAUAUUCACAAGGCACUGGACAAUUUCAGUGAUGAAACCUUGGAAAUGUGUUCCAAGGAGACUGAAUUCAAGGCCAUACUUUUCUCCCUCUGCUAUUUCCAUGCCGUUGUGGCAGAGCGUCGCAAAUUUGGAGCCCAAGGUUGGAAUCGUGUGUAUCCCUUCAAUGUGGGCGAUCUCACCAUAUCUGUCUAUGUGCUCUUCAACUAUUUGGAGGCCAAUAAUCGGGUACCUUGGGAAGAUUUGCGUUACCUCUUUGGUGAGAUAAUGUAUGGUGGCCACAUCACAGAUGACAGGGAUCGCCGCCUUUGCAGAACCUAUCUGGAGGAAUUUAUGCAACCCGACUUAAUUGAUGGAGAGUUGCAAUUUUGCCCCGGCUUUCGGGCACCUGGUAUUCUCAAAUAUGCCGGUUAUCAUGAUUAUAUUGAUGAAAAUCUGCCCGCCGAAAGUCCCAAUCUAUAUGGCCUACAUUUGAAUGCCGAAAUUGGUUUUCUUACCACAGUUUCGGAACGUCUGUUUAGAGUGGUGUUUGAACUACAACCCCGUUUGGCGGGUGCUUCGGAUGCCAGUGGCGGAGAUGCCCUCUCGCAGGAUGAUGUGGUCAAGGGGAUGCUAGAAGAUCUCAUCGAUAAGAUACCGCCACCCUUUAACAUUCCCGAAUUAAUGGCUCGUGUCGAAGAUCGUAAUCCCUAUAUAUUGGUGGCCUUCCAAGAAUGUGAACGCAUGAACAUCCUAAUGGCCGAGUUGAAAAGAUCUCUCCACGAACUGGAAUUGGGUCUGAAGGGAGAAUUGACCAUAUCAUCGACCAUGGAAAAUCUAAUGUCUUCAUUGUUUAUGGAUCAGGUGCCGGAGUCAUGGACCAAAUUGGCAUAUCCCAGUACUUUGGGUCUACAAUCUUGGUUUGCCGAUUUGCAGUUACGUUUGCGUGAACUGGAAACAUGGGUUUCCGAUUUUCGCCUACCCUCAUCUGUGUGGCUGGGCGGUUUCUUUAAUCCUCAAAGUUUCCUUACCGCCAUUAUGCAGCAGACGGCCAGGAAAAAUGAAUGGCCUUUGGACAGAAUGUGUCUCAAUACGGAUGUGACGAAAAAGUUCAAAGAUGAAAUUUCUUCCGCACCUCGAGAGGGUGCCUACAUUAAUGGCCUCUUCAUGGAGGGCGCUCGUUGGGACAUGCAGUUAAAUACCAUAGCCGAUGCAUAUUUGAAGGAAUUAUUCCCAGCCAUGCCGGUUAUAUUUGUCAAGGCUGUACAAAAAGAUAAACAGGACACAAAGAACAUAUAUGAAUGUCCUGUGUACAAAAUACGACAACGUGGUCCCACUUAUGUUUGGACAUUUAAUUUGAAGACCAAGGAAAAGGCUGGCAAAUGGACAUUGGCGGGUGUUUGUCUGCUGUUACAAAUUUAAAAUGUUUACUCAGCAGCAUUUCAACAACAUGAAUGAAUCUCAGAACAUCAGAAUCCAUUAUCACAACACACAGACGAAAAAAUGGACACACGUGCACACAGAUACACCCACACACACACAUACAUAGGCACAUUCAAACUCCCAUUUACAUCUUCAUUUCCUCCCAUCAAAGUCAUUUUCUUGGGCUGUUGUAAAGACUAAAACAUUGUUAAAUCCCUUAUCAGUGCUGGAGUUAGAAAGAAUGGAAUGAAUAGAAGCCAAAAAAAACCAAACAAUCAGUUCACACCCACACAAAUAUAUAAAUAAAUGCCAUAAUAUAUUAUAAUUUUCUUUAACAUGUUAAAAAUAAAAUCGUUUGAAAA